AUGGAGUUACAAAUAUGUCCAUCAUCUGUGAUAUUAUUCUGGCAAGAAAUCCCACCCAACCUCCCUCUCCCGCCUCCACUCAUUGAUCUGUACCAUUCAUCAACGCUCAUUCUGCUGGAUCUUGUCAGCCCCUCUGCUCACCCUCAGCCCACCAUCUGUGGCGUGGGCUUGCCGCGGGUCUGCCCAUCUCCAGCUCCAUUGGUGUUGAGUCUGGAGGAUCCCUUGACUCCGCCUCCGAGGCCCAGACUCUGCCUCAGCACUGUGACCCAGUGGCUCCACCAUGGCUUGCAGCGCCCUCGUCUCCACCGGAGCCCAUCAGUCCACCAGCUCCACCGGGCUCCCUCAUGCCUCCAGCUCUGCCUUGGUCAGUCGUCCCCCUACCUUCACCUCGGGACUACACUCCUGGCUGUGCCUCGUCCCUCCAGCUCCACCUCAGUCCUCUGUCACUCCGGCUCCGCCGUGGCCCUCUGGAUCCUCGGCUUCACCCUGGCUCUUCGGCUCUCUGCCAUCAUCUUGGCCUCCACCUCCACCUGCUUGACCGCCGUCGGUCGGCUCCAUGUAGCCAUCAUCCCUUCCUCCACCAUGGCUCCUCCCUCCGUAGGCUCCACUGGGGGUGGCCAUCAUGGCUGCGGCCUGGGUCCUGUCUGGCUCCUCCUACUCCAGCUCUCUCCUGUCGCAUUCUUGGCUCCUUUAACCAUCUGCUCCGCCCUGUUAUCUUCUGUCUCCAGAAUGGCUCCUCCCUCCAUCUUCGCCACCUUGGUCGUCAGCCUGCCUUCCUGCCUGCCUUUCCACCAGCCCUUUGUUGCCAGUCCGUCCUCAUCCCACACCCCUUCCCACCCUCCUUGGAUCGUCCUGUUACAGUGGGAGGAUUCGCCUUCUGGGAUGAGGGAGUACUGUUAGGAUUAUGAAAUUUAGUGUUGUCUUUUUGUUACGUCUGCCUGUUCCUGUUUUUCCUUAUGGUUUUGUUCCUGUUCUGUUUUAGCUCAUUAGUUUGCUCGUUAGUCAUUAGUUUACUCCCAUCACCUGUUUGCCCCUCGUCAGCUGCCCUAUUUAAAGUCUCCUUUCUGUUCAGUAUACUGUUGGUUAUUGUUUGGUGUUACAUGUUUUGCUGCUACCCUGAGUUAUCUCCUUCCUUUUAUUCGUGUGGAUUAAAAUUAAAGACUUUAUUUUGGAUUAUCUUCAUCUUCCUUGGAGUUCUGUAACAACUAAUACCUAUAAAAAUUCAUAUUUA